AUGGGCCUCUCGAAGACUAACAGGAUCAUCAUCCUGCUGGUCAUCGAUACUCUUUUUUUCCUGCUUGAAUUAGUCACCGGCUAUGCCGUCCACUCCCUUGCCCUCGUCGCGGAUUCUUUCCACAUGCUGAAUGAUGUCCUGUCCCUCUGCGUCGGUCUCUGGGCAGUCAAAGUUGCGAAUCGCGAAACGAACUCUGAGGUCUAUACAUUUGGUUGGCAACGCGCCGAAACCCUCGGCGCACUCGUGAACGGAGUCUUCCUUGUCGCCCUGUGUAUGUCAAUUUUCCUUGAGGCCAUUCAGCGAUUGGUCGAACCUCAGGAGGUUCAGAAUCCCAAGUUUGUCUGCAUUGUUGGCUGCCUUGGACUGGCUUCGAACAUCAUCGGAUUGGCACUUUUCCACGACCACUCGCACGGUGGUCAUGGCCACAGCCACGGCCACGACCACGGAACAGGUGUUGAGGGACAUGAUGAGGAAGACGUUGAACAGGGAAACGCUCACGUUCACGAGCAAGGGCAUGAUCACGAUCCCACCCCUCUUCUGGGUGAUGGACAGACCGGCAAAGGAGCAUCGGGCCGAGGAUCGCAGGGAAAUGGAUCGAAUGGGCUGGCCCAUUCGGCGACGGAGCCGAUGUCUCCGUCUCGUAAGCGAUGGACCCCCGACUCCCAGAGCCGGGGCUCUCGGCGAUACAGCGGUUCACUGGCAAACGUCGAAGACAUCUAUGUCCACCCUGCCACCCUGCGCCAAGAUAUCAUUGCUGCUAGUCGGGGCACAUUCGAUGAGUCACCGUCAUCUGACUCUGAUAGUCGAGACGGGGAAACCAUUACCGAACGGUCUGGCUUGCUGCGCCACCGAGAUCGGACAAGCAACUACACUGACGAAAAUGGAGUCGCGAUCUCUGUUCCAGAGCAGAUUGGCGAGGAGGAUGUCCACAAGAGCCACAACCACGCCCAGCCCAAAUCCAACGAUCAGAAAGGCGGUCAUGGCCAUGGCCACGGCCAUGACUUGAACAUGCGGGGUGUUUUCCUGCACGUCCUGGGCGACGCACUGGGCAACAUUGGUGUCAUCGCUUCUGCCUUGUUCAUUUGGUUAACGGACUACGACUGGCGAUACUAUGUCGACCCUGGUAUCUCCCUUGUUAUCGCCGUGAUCAUUCUCGCAUCGGCCAUUCCACUCUGCAAGGCCGCUUCGCGUAUCCUUCUUCAGGCGGCGCCUCAGGGUAUGAGUGUGGAUCACAUCAAAGAAGAUAUUGAGCGACUACCUGGUGUCAUGGGUACUCACCAUCUGCAUGUGUGGCAGCUCAACGACACCAAGCUCGUUGCUUCGAUCCAUAUCCAGGUUGACACUGAAAUUAAAGACGAGGGAUCGAAACGCUACAUGCGCCUUGCCCGUCAGGUUCGCCGUUGUCUGCACGCCUACGGUAUUCACUCUUCUACUAUUCAGCCCGAGUUUGCUCCAGGUGAUGACCAUGCACAUGGAGAACCCUCCUCGUCCGGCGCCGCGAAUGAAGUGGCGAAUCUCUCGAGCCGAGGAUCCAGCAUCCGGGACAGCGAUUCCAACGCAUGCCUGCUGGAGUGUGAUGAUAACUGUGCAAGCACCGGCCAAUGCUGCCCUCAAAAGUCGACUUGA